AGUCUCAGUAGAGUGUACAUCACAGUGGCGAGCGUUGUGUUGAGUUACCUGCAAUUCAAAAAUAUAUAAUUCUUUCUUUUAUACAAAUGUGCAACUUGCAAAAUUUUUGUGUCAAUGCCAAAAAUUAGCAAUACGGAUACCAAACAAAAAUUACUCAAACAAUUAAGAUUGGGCAAAAAUCUGUCGUCUAGCAAAGGCUCGCGUACAGGUAACUCCGCCAACAAUAAGGAACUCAAAGUGCUAACCCUGCUGCAAACUGUGCCGUGAACUCCAAACACUCU